GUCUUGCUGCGUCGAAAUCUUUUAUCAAUCGAAACGUCCUUUCAAUGUAAUAGGUGAUCGGUCGUCCCGCGACACCCGACAUGAUUGCGAACUUGCAACCCGCCGCCAUCAACGCUGUCAUUCAAAAGGAAGUCGCAAAGUCCCGUCAGGAUCCGACGACCAGCGUUCCCCCGACCGAACAGUUGCCGGUCAACGAGACGGCAAACGGCCCUACCAAUUCGCUUCAGAAGUUGAUCGCGAUUGGAGGCGAUGACCUCAAGAAUGCUGAACUUUACCAGCUCUACUCUGCGGCUGCAUACUGCCUCAACGGGCUCGAUGGCUGGAUCUGCAAAGACCGUUGCGCCGGAGGCACCCUGGGCACCAAGUUAAUUUCUAAAUUUGUGGACAGCAAGACGGACACGGUGGGAUACGUCGCCGUCAACCCUUCUCGCAAAGAGAUCAUCGUCGCUUUCCGGGGCACCAGCUCCAUCACCAAUGCCAUUAACGACUUGAAAUUCUUCAAAGCUGAUGCCAACGUGGGUCUGAGCAGGCUGCGCGCUCCCGAUGGCGCCAAGGUGCAUAUCGGCUUCCAGUCGACCGUGACGGCUUCCCGCAGCGCCGUCCGUGCCGCCAUCCAGAAGGCAUUUCAGCAGUACGGCACCGACUACACGAUUACUGUAACAGGUCACAGUCUUGGUGGUGCCACUUCCGUUUUGACGGCUAUCGACAUCGUCGACUGGCUCGGCGACUCGGCCGGCAAGACUCUCAAGCUAUACACCUACGGCGAACCCCGCGUCGGUAACUCCAUUUUCGCGAACUGGGUCUCCACCCUCCCGUUCGCAUCCCACGUCUACCGCAUCACACACACCACCGACAUCGUGCCCCACCUCCCGCCCAAGUCGUUCGGGUUCCAGCACCACCGCGAGGAGUUUUGGAUCAGCAAGAACGGCGACCUCAACUCGUGCAACGACGCAAAUGGCGAGGACCCCCAGUGCGCCGGAAGCGUGUUCAUCCCCACCAUCGAUGCGCACUUGAAUGGAUACUUCAGCAUGCCGUUCGGCCCCUGGUGUUGAGCAGCAGGGUGCUCACCUAGAGACGUUCUCGGUCU